ACACAUAGGCCGGUCGUUCAAAACAGGAUGCAUUGUGUGGUUAUUUGCGGGCAUCCAAUCGCCAGGACCUGACCGUCAGACCUCAAGAAAAAGAAUCAAGCAAGAUUACACAAGAGAUUGGACCAUCGUGCCCGUUGGAUGCGCUGCCCUGGCCCUUCCUUCAGACAAGCAGCGAAAGUGCAAGAAAAUAAACCAUGGGAACAGAAAAUAUGAAUUUCCCGCUGUCCUCGGACAAUAGGUCGUGCCCGCCGUGGUCGAUUCCAGUCCCAGACGCCCGCCGCCGACGCCCUGCUCCCGGUAGCUAUCUUCCCAAUCAACUCACAUGGCAUAUACGCUCUUUCAAAGUGGGAAGCCAGCGGUGUUGGCCGUGGACCAAAAGGAGUAUUCAAAGGAAAAGUAUUCUGACGGACGUGGCAGGCCAAAGCGUUGGGGGGGAGAUAACAGCUAUUAUGGGGGCCUCGGGCGCGGGGAAAACUACGUUGCUCGAAUGUCUGGCUUUGCGUUCCCGACAAUUCAAGGGAAGGGUGACUUGGAAUGGAGAGGCUGUCCGGGGAGACUACUUUACAGCCUCGGCGUUGGUUCACCAGCGGGAGGUUCUCUGUGGGUUCCUGACAGUGGAGGAGCAUCUCUUGUUCCACGGGACGGCUCGAAUGUCGGAUAGGUUUAGCCCGAAAGAAAUCGAGGCAAGAGUUCGAAAUGUUAUAGAGGACGUGGGUUUAAGUAAGUGUCGGAAGACGCUGGUGGGAGGCCCGGGAGCGCCGCAGAACAAGAAGGGGCUGUCUGGGGGGGAGCGGAAACGCCUGACGAUCGCUACGGAGCUCUUGCUUUGCCCGCAAGCGAUCUUUCUUGACGAGCCAACGACCUCGCUUGACUCUGUGAUGGCGGGGCACGUGGUGGCCCUUCUCCGUCAGCUGGCGCUCUCCCGGCGGAUCCUGGUAAUGGCGACGAUCCACGCCCCCUCCUCCCAGAUCUUCAGCCUCUUCUCGCACGUCUUGCUCCUGACCAACGACGGCCGCCUCGCUUUCCAUGGGACGAUCUCAAAUGCUCUGCUUUAUGCCAGCAGCUGUCUGAAGCGGCCCUUGCCCGACGCCUACAAUCCUGCCGACCAUCUGGUGCGGCUGGUCGUCUCGAAGCCGGGGGGAGGGGCCUCGGCGAGGGAGGAGCGGAGGAAAGAGAACGACUGGCUCGUCCAGUCGUUCGCGGCAUCGGCUUACGGGGACCCUGAGCUGCCAGAGCGCGGGAGUCAUCGAGACAAAGCCUGUGAGGAGAACAGCCAUCGGAGUUUGCGGGGGGUCCAGGGACAGCACGCCUCGGCGUGGACCCUCUUCCGCCUCAACCUCCGGCGCGGCCUCCUGCA